UUGUAAUCUUUGCUCAGUCCAACGUGGUCCCUUCACCCGGGCUCCGCUCUUGCCUUCUCCACACUUGUUUGAGACCUGGCAAGGUGCGGAACCCUGCAGAAGUGUGGUCAAGUGGCAGCGGCGGCGGCAGCGGCAGCAGCGAAGACGACCAGCCAGAAGCCUCGCCCCGCGUAGCCUGCUUUGCAGUGAUGCGGCGGAACCCCCGGAGAAAGUUUGCAAACUUCCAGCAGGCGCUGCAAGGACACCGGGUCACCUAGGGGGCGGGCGGGCCAGUGUGCCGGAGGCUCGCUUUCUCCCGGUACCAAGCCGGCUGUUGCCACCUCUCCGGCAGGGCUGCCCGCUGCAGCUGGUGGGCGCGCGCGCGCCCUGGGAGGGGAGGUCGCCUCGCUGGGCACUUGACUUUCACUCCAGGCGCUCCGGGCUCGAGAGUGACGAGGCUAUUUGUCAGCUCGCGUGCACUCCUCCAUCCGCCUCUUUCUCGCUGCCAUCAUUACCUCUUCGCCGCUGCCCCAAAUGACAGCUCGCGGUGGCGCCCAGACAGUUCUCAGCACCGGCGGUGGAAGACUUCCUCUGCGGCAGACUCUCAACCCAAACACUUAAACUUUUUUCGAAGUUCUUAGAGGGGCAAGACACGAAGGAACUAAGGAGAUGUUUUCUCCCGGGGGCUGCAUGCCGCUUCUUCUGUGCCUUAGAUUCAUUUCCUGGGGGUGUCUGAUAGAUAAAGCCUCCAGUUUAUCCUGAACGAGUGCCGCCCCCACUUGAUGAUGCUUGUUCAAGGCCGGGAAUUGGAGUGUGCUGCUUGUAUAUUUCGUUGUCAGAGUCUGCAGAGUGCGUUUGAUUAUUUUUUAAAAAUUUUUUAUUUUUCCCUGUUUCUGAUAUGUGUCAAGGAAUAAAGGCUGGAUACAGGUCCAUUACGUCAUUCUGCAGGCCAGUAAGUGUUUGAUUAACAGCUUCAGAUACUCAAGGGUUCAGGAGCUUAGAAUGCUGACAAAGCAACUCUGCUUUUCACUCCCACCCCCCAAUAUACCUGUGCAAUCGCCCAUUCCCUGGGCAUCUUUAUUGCCCUCUAUUCCCCAUACCUCCUUUUCCGCCCCUCCCCCGCCCUCAUCGUUAUCACUGUAGACCCGCCUCCGCCUUUUACAGCUUUCCCUGGGGCGAACACUGUCCCUAGAGUGUGGGUAAGAGCUUCUGGUGUCUGAGGAGACCUCAGUACCUGAUCAGCGCACAAUCUGCCCUUUUCUAUUAUUUAAGAAAGUCACCAGCAAGCCCCCUUCUCCAGGGCGAAAAUGCUCAGCCCUGAUCUCAGGAAGUGUUUGGAAGCGUUAUGAUAGUACUGUGUCCCGCGUCCCUGCGGUGGCUUAGGAAAGCAACACACCCACAACAACAAAGUAUUUAACUUGACACAGCGCCUGCCUAGAACCUUUUAACCCAAGAGGGAAGACUAAGAAGCCAGGAGCGGACUAAGUCAGGUUUAGCAAAAAGAAUCAAGAUUAGAUGUUUUAUUUCCAAAGUGAGGGAGCGUUGAGUCGUUGAACUCAAAGCGCCAUACAAUAAACUGCUGCACGUGUUACUUUCUUGUUCUUAACCUAAAGUUUCUAUGCUUAAAGAGGAAGUUAAAUACAUAAGUCAUCGAAUUGAGUCAGAAUCUCCCUAUAGGCAGUUGAAAUAAAAAACACCCUGUGUGUGACUUGUUCAAAGGCUAAAAAGUAAAAAGAACCCUUUGGGUAGUGUGGAAAGGGUGCAGCAGAAAUCCAAUGAAAAUUUUACUAACAGGCUUUUGGAUAGAGGGGGACCAGGGACUAGGGUGCUCUCUGAUUUGGAGCUAGUGAAAGCUAAAUAAAGGAAAAUUUAUAUUCUGAAUAGGUGGGAAUUUCUUGAAGAAAACGUGUUUUGUUAUAAUCAGAUCUACUUUCUUCAAAGGGAAAGCCAUGCUGUAGGCUAGGCAUUUGUGCAACUCCUGUCUGGGGUCUAAUUGACAUCCCUUCCCCAAGUUUGUGGCAGUAUUUAUUAUUUAUUCACAUCUAGAGAUGAAAUAGUAUACCCCCCCCGACAAUACAUGGGCAUCUAAAUGUUAAACUUCUUGUUUGUGAUGCAUAAACCUAAAGGAAAAAAUGGCCCAGGUCACGGGCACUGGAGAGUGUGAUUAAUGAUCAGUGAUUUAGUGAUCAGUGAUUAGUGGUUUUAUUCAAACUGUUACCUCUGACCAGAAGCACACAUCAGAGGAUUAACAGGCUCUUUAGAUAAAUGCUCAUUAGUGGAAGGGGAAAAGCAAAGAUAAUAGGCAUGCACCCAGGGACAACUUUCGAAGAAAAUCAUUCCCGUCUUCAGAAUAAUAAGCUCUAUUAACAGAAAGCCCUUUUAAUUUAAAACUGGCUUUUAUCUUGUAAAUCAAAGUUAGAUGUAAAAGUUUGUAGUGCCAUUAUAACCUAAAUUUUCCCAUAUCCACUAGAUGUGGAUUAUCUCAGUAGCGAUAUUUUUUUUAUUUAAAUAAACAAUUGGACCUUUAGAGCAGCUGAACCCUGACAGGUUCUUAGCUCCCAGGGUUUGAAGGUGUCCCCCCUUCUGGGAUGGGGCUUGCAGCUUGUGGACUAGAUGGCGCACUGUUAUUUGGUGGUGUGCUGCAGAGAUCUCACAGGAGUGUGGACUGAGCAUGUAGCUGCUUGUGAGGUGUUCCCUAACACCACAGGGUUGAUUCUGUGCAGGGUUGAAGACUAGACAGUUCUACAAGUUUUCAGUCACAUUUUCCAUGUCAGUUAAAUCUAGGGAGUUCAAGGCUACUGGAAAAAUUAGUCUCAUUACUAAAAGAAACUUAGAGAACGAGGGAGGGAAGGAGGUACGGAGUCUAGGAGGUACCUCUGGGUUGCAGAAGUGAUUGUAAAAUACCAGACCUUUUUUUUUUUUUCUUUUUACUAAGAGCUAGUUUCACAGUCUUCUGGUCUGAAACACUGAGGCAAAUACUCAAAAGAUUUAUUUUCUUCCUAAUCUUGCUGGUGGAAAGAAGUUACUAGAAAGAAAGGAAGAAAAAAAUUGAUUUGGUGACUGCAGGAAGCAACACGUUGCUGAUUUUAUUCUCCAGAUAAUGAUUUAUGAGGAAUCCAAGAUGAAUUUGGAGCAGGAGAGGCCGUUUGUCUGCAGUGCCCCAGGCUGCUCCCAGCGCUUCCCAACAGAGGACCAUCUGAUGAUUCAUAGGCACAAACAUGAGAUGACUUUGAAGUUUCCCUCAAUAAAAACAGACAAUAUGUUAUCAGAUCAGACUCCGACCCCAACGAGAUUCCUGAAGAACUGCGAGGAGGUGGGCCUCUUCAGCGAGCUGGACUGCUCCUUUGAGCACGAGUUCAGGAAGGCUCAGGAGGAAGAGAGCAGCAAGCGGAAUAUUCCGAUGCAUAAUACAGUCGGUGGGGCCAUGACGGGGCCCGGAGCUCACCAGCUUGGCAGUACCCGGAUGCCCAACCAUGACACCAGCGUUGUGAUUCAGCAAGCCAUGCCAUCGCCCCAGUCCAGCUCUGUCAUCACACAGGCACCUUCUACCAACCGCCAGAUCGGGCCUGUCCCAGGCUCUCUAUCUUCUCUGCUACAUCUCCACAACAGACAGAGACAGCCCAUGCCAGCCUCCAUGCCUGGGACCCUGCCCAACCCUACAAUGCCUGGAUCUUCUGCCGUCUUGAUGCCAAUGGAGAGACAAAUGUCAGUGAACUCCAGCAUCAUGGGGAUGCAAGGUCCAAAUCUCAGUAACCCCUGUGCUUCUCCCCAAGUCCAGCCAAUGCAUUCAGAAGCCAAAAUGAGGCUGAAGGCUGCAUUGACUCACCACCCUGCUGCCAUGUCCAACGGGAAUAUGAACACCAUGGGACACAUGAUGGAAAUGAUGGGCUCCCGGCAGGACCAGACGCCACACCACCACAUGCACUCGCACCCACAUCAGCACCAGACGCUGCCAGCCCACCACCCCUACCCACACCAGCACCAACACCCAGCACACCACGCUCACCCUCAGCCCCAUCACCAGCAGAACCACCCACACCACCACUCGCACUCCCACCUUCACGCACACCCAGCACAUCACCAGACCUCUCCGCACCCGCCCCUGCACACCGGCAGCCAAGCACAGGUUUCACCAGCCUCGCAACAGAUGCAGCCAACCCAGACCAUACAGCCGCCCCAGCCCACAGGGGGACGCCGGCGAAGGGUGGUGGAUGAAGAUCCCGACGAAAGGCGGCGGAAAUUUCUGGAACGGAACAGGGCCGCUGCCACCCGCUGCAGACAGAAGAGGAAGGUCUGGGUGAUGUCACUGGAAAAGAAAGCAGAAGAACUCACCCAGACAAACAUGCAGCUUCAGAAUGAAGUGUCUAUGCUGAAAAAUGAGGUGGCCCAGCUGAAACAGUUAUUGUUAACACAUAAAGACUGCCCAAUAACAGCCAUGCAGAAAGAAUCACAAGGAUAUUUAAGUCCGGAGAGUAGUCCUCCCGCAAGUCCUGUCCCAGCUUGCUCACAGCAGCAGGUCAUCCAGCAUAACACCAUCACUACUUCCUCAUCAGUCAGUGAGGUGGUGGGAAGCUCCACCCUCAGUCAGCUCACUACUCACCGAACAGACCUGAAUCCAAUCCUUUAAAAUGCACGGGUCAGACCUUGCCUCCAAGAAGAGCUGUAGCAUACCAUGCAUCCUUUCUCCUAAGGGCAUUUUUAGAAUUAACUCAGAGCUGGAAGACUCCUCAGCCCUUCAAAGACUGGCUUUCAUUUUUAUAGUUACUAUGGAAAUGUUGUCUUUUAUACUUAGUUAUAUAAGAAAAAAAAGGGAGUUAUGCAAUUAAUAUCUGUCGGCUUGGGAAACGCUUUGGUGCUUUUCUCCAAUUUUCUGGUACCAGUUACUUGUUUAUAAACGGAACCUCUUCUGUAUAUAGCCAUAGUUUCCUUCUUAUCAGUCCAGCCCUUUGUCUGAAACAAUGACUCUUGUUAAAACACAGCUUUUAGCCAAAAUGAGGCAUACCUAGAUGUCAAGUGAGACUGAUCAAGGUAACUGGGUAGGAAAUCUGAUGACGUCAUAACUCAUGUUGAGCUUGCGCUGUGACAUCACCAGAAUCCCAGAUUAAACACACAGCCUUUCCGCAACUGUUUCUGUCUUACCAGAAAACAAAUUAGAAGAUCCACCCACGUCCUAAUAAAACCACCAAGCACCUCCCCUCCUCUCCUCUUCUCUUGGUCCACUUGCUCAAAUGCCCAAUUUCCCUCUCUAUUUACACUUUAUCUUGGCUCCCUGUUUACUCUUCAUUUUAACCUUCUUCUGUUUUAUGUUUUUCCCCUUUAGCAUUACAUGUGAAGAAAAAAAUAAUGUUUAAAGAAAAGAAAAAGCAAACCUCAAAAAUAUGGACUUAGCCAUUGCUUCAUUUGCCUGUAACCCACAGCUGGAGUUCAUUCAAUUCUCGCUUUUUACAAAAUAGUAACCAGGAGAUGUUUAAUGUGCCUGAUUUAAGGUUUUUAAUAAUCAGAGUAAAUAAAGGUGGUUUAGUUAUAGGUGAAGCACUGUUGAAUGCCAGCUGUGGAGACAGUAGGAGAGGGAGAUUUGUAAGCCCCAAUUGUGAAAGUCCAAAUUAUGUUGCGGGGCUAUAACAUCACACCCUAGAAUUACAACUGGUUUUAUACAACCUGUCUAUAAUGUUGAAAAUCCAUGCACUAUAUAAUAAUUCAGAAGGGCUCUAUUCACUACACAGAUUACAUUGUUCAAUCAUCAGCUGCUAAUAGCCUAAGAUUUAUUAUUAUUAUUUUUUUUCUUAAGCCUAUAGAACUAGCUCUGCUGUUCUGGUGGGUGAAAGCAGACUCACUCCUGUAGAAAGCAAGUCCAGUGUUUCCCUGGGGUGCUCUCAGCUCCCAGAACAGUCACAGCGCUCCGUGGCUGCUGACGGAAUCCCAUGGAUAUAAGUGGCACAGGCUGCUCACUCCACCCUUCUGAAUAAUUCUUAUUUAUAUGUUCAACAGCUUACGUGAACUUGCCCAUUAUAAAAAUAAAAAAAAAACAGAUAGGACCCAAACCACAGUCGUGCCUCCUUGGAACAAGCCAUUCUACUGUGCUCAUGUUUUAAUAUUGCAUUUCACAAAUAAUAGGGGCUAGUGUUUCUCUCUAGCAGUCUAGGCAGGUGCUGGUGUUUCAUCUCCAUUUGAAUGCUUGACCUCCGAGUGUGUGUGUGUGUGUGUGUGUGUGUGUGUUUCUGUAUGGGUUUUAAAACAACAGUAUUUUACAAAAAGUGUCACUUUUAUAAGAAUUCAGAAAAGGGAAGGAUGUGGCUUUUUUUCUCUCACCAUAGUUUAAGAAUCUAUUUUGGAGAAGAAAAAAAAAAGGAGAAAAUAUGAGGACCAUGAAGCAUGAUUUUUAUAACUAGUUUCAGUUUUAUCUAAUAACUUACUUUUUAAAUCAAUAUUUAUCAACAAUCUUUCCAUGUAUGCAGUGCUUUUGAAAGAUGGUUUUGAGGGUUCAGUACAACUUAGGACUUGGAUAUAUGGUCUAAGAAUCAGAACAAAUACAAAAAAAAAGAAAAAAAAUGAAAAAAGAAAAGCAUAAAAAGAAUGCAAACGAAAAGGAUUUUCUAUUAUAUUUUGGAGAAACAUAUCAUUUUCAAGUAUUUUAAAUACUGAAUUCAUAGUUAUGUUUUUUUCCAACAGUAACAAUGGUUUAACCUGACUGGCUUCUUAAGAAAUGUUUAAGAUUUAGUUUUAAAAAGAAGUUAGCAUUUGUAUUGCUGUUUUGAAAUAAUUUUUUUUUUUUAGAAUUCCUUCCUAAUACUAUCUAUAUGUCCUCCUCCCCCCAGCACACAGGAAAAAGGAAAAGAAGGAACUGGAAUGAUUGGGGUUUUGGGGGUAUUUUUUAAAAAUUUUCAUUUUGUUUUGCUUUAAGUAAACAAAAACUUUCCUUUCUUUUCUGAUGCAUAGCACUUAAUGAAAUGGAUUUUUAAAAAAUCCAUUAGUAAUAUCAAAAUGCCCAGGGAGUGACCUGUCACUAAAAUUAUGAUUUAGUUACUUCUCUUGAUUGAAAUAUUUAGUUGUUAAACUGAAAGCCUUUGCAGUUAAGAACUUGCCUGAGUUUGCUUAAUUCAGCAACUCGACAGUUUGACUGAUGUGCAUUAUUUAUAGCUCAAUUAUGUCUGUUUUUUAUGCUAAGUAGGCAAACCAACCACACACGUUAGCAAACCCGCCUCAACGUAUAAUUAGAGUAAACUGCCUUCUUGUUAGAUGCAGGGCCUUUAGGUAUGUUCAUUCACAGUAUGGAAAUACAGUAAAUGGGAAAUGCCAGCUAGCUGCCAGUGCUUGAGAUCCCAAACAGAAAGAUUCACUGGUCACAUCCAGCAUUUGGCAUACCAAUAGUCAGGACUUCACCUAAAGACCGAGCCUUCACCAGAUCACAAAUCUUGCCAAUCUAUGAAAACAUUUUUUAAGCCAGUUCUCUCUCCAGCCAUGUAUACAUAUUUACAAGUCAGUGAAAAUGGCCUUCAGAGCGCCAUCCUGGGGAGGAAAGGUCCCUGUAGCGCUGCCUCUCAUUUGUGUGUGGCUUUCUUCAUUGGCUGGAUCUGCCUCGGAAGCCAUUGCCAGCUUACUGGAAACUUCUACAGUGCCUCCCCUGCCUAAUGUGCUGGGGCUAACAACUUAGUACACCUGAAAGCAUUUCUACUUGAUGAAUCCUCACCUAAGUGGAGGUUUCUGCAUCUGAAUUAUUUGUUCUUGACACAUUUCUCCAUCUAAGAUGGCUGGGACAGGGAUAGAAGUCCCAGCCAUGGAUGAAUGUACUAAUUUCAAAGCCAGGUGUCAAGUCUGAUGUUUUCCCUUUGCACUCAUACCCUCCCAUCAUGGUGCAUGCAGGUCACCUCACUGUCUCAGCACACCCUGAGGGAGACAAGAGGCUUGUGUGCCGUCAAGGCAUAUGUUAUAAUAAGUAGGGUGACUUAGAGCAAAUGCCCUUUGGUAGCUCAUCUAGUCAAUGAAAUAAAGUGCAGUGCAUGUUCCCAGAGAGAGGUGUCAACGGACAAUAUUCAGGUAGUUGUUGCCUGUUAGUUAAGCAAAUUUUAGUAGAUUAGUUGAGUUUGUCAUUAAAGCCCUAAACCAGCUACAGUAAAAGACCAGCCUUUGGUCUUUUAAGCAUCAGUAACUGCUAUAAAACUAGCCAUCCAGUUAGGAUAGAAUGUGCUUCUUUCUGAUUAAUUAAAACCAUCUAAGAAAGUGUAUAUGUAUGUAUGUGUGUAUACAGUGGAAUUCAAGGACCAAAGCAAAAUUUGAACAGGAAUCUAUUAAUUUAGAAUUUUAUAAGAUAUUUAUUAAUAAAUGUUAUUUUUAAACAUUCCAUUUGAACAGUAUUCUUCUGUAGGAUCUACUUGUUUUUAAAGUAUUAGUCCAUAAUGAACUACCCUAGUUGUGUGUUUUUUUUCAUUUUUCAGGGUUUCAAAUGGCUGUUCACCAUCAUUUGGUGGAAAUGUUUGCUUAGAUCUCUGUGCAUAGAUAUUUCGAGGAUUUGUAUUGCUCUGUGAGUUAUUUUUAAAUCUACAUUCUGAACCAUUUCUUUUUAACAUUUAUUUCUUCUUUUCAUUUUUUAAAGUAAGCUCUUUAAUUUAGGAAGCAGAGUUUCGCUAAAGGGAAUCAGUAACUAUAACUGGAACAGCUUUCUUGUAAAAGUGCAAAAACAGCUUCAUCUCUGAUUCUCUCCCCAUCUCCCAGAAGGCCUUGCACUGCUCAGCCUCCUUAGAGUUUCCCGCCCCUUCCCAAACAAGAUGCAGCAGCUUUAAGCCAUUCAAGCCCCAUUGUGCAGUGUAUCUGAGAAGGGAAAGGAAACAACCCAUUUACAUUUGAAUAAAACCGUGCCUAUGCGAACAGGAGCAAUUUAGAAUCUCUUUUCUGCUUUUAAAAUAAUUUAUAUUUUAAAAUUGCACUUUAGCUUUUUUGAUUCCUUUCCAUUUCUCUUGUUCUCUUUCUAACUUCUUCCCUAUCUUUAAACUUGCCUUUGCCCCCCCCCACUUAAGGAUUCCUCAGCCUUUCUUCUAAGGCUCUGAGCUGCGUCAUUUAAAAUACUUUACAGAAUAUUUGCACCAGGUACAUUUGUGCGCAUUCGUGAGUAGCAUAGCUAAGACUUGUUUCUCACACCAGCCUAGGUGAAGCCUGCUACAAGAAUGCCAAGAAGAGCCAGUACACUAUAGGUUUAUAGUCUUUGUCCUUUAUUCUUAGCAUGUUUUUUUAAAAAAUGUUAUAUUAUGCAACAGAUGUGACAGGCAGCAGCUAAGCUACUUAAGAAUUUUCUAUCUCGUCCUCCAAACCAAAGUGUCCUGAAUGAGCCAGGAGACUUAUUCUUUUGUGCAUCAUGGUGCACGUUUGACUGUUGUCCUAGCCAUAGUUCCUGGGGCUGCUGACAUAGCAAUGGCCCUAUCGAUUUCAUUCCUAGGUCUCGAAAAAAUACAGUGUUGCCUUGUUAACAUGAUUAGAGACAGCACCUCUAUUUCACAAUUAUAGUCUAAGAAAGAAUAAGAAAACUCCGGAGCAAUAAACUUACAAGUAAGAUCCAAUACCAAAAUAAACACACAAAGAAAUUUAAAAAAAAAAAAACUAUCUUGUCAUUGUUGUGAAAAUGAAAAAGUGUAUGUCCAUUCAAAAUAUUUUACUAUUUCUUGUGGAGUUUUUCGGUGAUGUAAUGCUUGUAGCCAAAUUGCUUAAAGAAUGUUUAUAUAUUUUUUUCCUUAUAAAUCGUCUAUUUUUUGAAGAAAAGAAAAACCUAUUUAAGUGCAAGCUGUAGAGGGGGGAAAAGCCAAAUUGCCAGCAUUUGUUAAAAGAUUAAUAUUCUGAAAGUGGCACUGUGAUACCUUUCCAAGCUUAUUAUCAGAAAGGAAUCAAUAAUUAUCAACUGCUAUAUUUAAACCAACUUACAAUAUCUAGCUCAUUAGACAUCAGGAUCUAGAAAGCUCUUCCUAAGCUACUUAAGGUUUUCUUACACUAAGCUUUAUAUGAUAGAACUUUAUAGAAUUUUUUAAAAAAUAAUAUAAGUUGGCCUCAGGACUGAGAAUGUGGGACCUGAAUAAAUUAGCUUUAAAUACAUCAUUAAAAUCUUCCGCACAACAAGCUUAUUAGAUUCUAGUUGGCUCCUUUGGAAUGCCAGUGCUCCUACACGGCAGGACACACUGGAAGGUAUCAGCAGUGCCCAAGUACAGUGGGCUUACGAGAAAGGACCCUUCCCAACCAGACAGCCAGUAGACAAGAAGACCUGCUCACCCCCUCUCCUUCUAACCUCUGCUAACCCCAUCCACCUCCCAGAGAGAGGAAGCUGCCUACCACCAUUGUUUUGGAAAAAAUAUAAGCUUGAAAUGUCCUCCCUGGUGAGGGCAUGAGAUUGGGGAUCUUCUGAAAAGACCCAGAAAAAAAAAAGGCUCCGUUCAAACACAAUGUUCUAGGACAAUGGAAAUAGAAAUAUUGUCCAAAAUUAUAAUUUAAAGAAAAAAAAAGUUUAGCACUGUGUAAAGUAAGUGUUGACUAAGGAAGUCCCCCCACACACACACACAAAAAAGGUGCUGUCACUUUAAGUUCUGGACUUGGGGUUGUUUGUCGUUGUAAACAGCAAAGCAUUUGUGUUUGUCUGUCUAUCUGUAAAGCAACCACCUUCCUAUUGGAAGGAGAAAAAACUUGGGGGUACAUACAUGUAAAUAUUUGCUGCAGCAUUUAAUAUGUUUAAUUUUAUGUUAAGCUUUUUGUUGCAUCCUGAACACAUUUAUUGUUACCAAUGGACAAUGAGUUCAUUAAGACUGUUGGACUAGGUCAGAUUUUUACAUCUCUUUCUAGCAAGAAGAGACAAGAUUUUGUGCAUUUGUACAAAUGUUAAUAUCACUGCAAUUCCAAUAUAAUAAAGCACUCAAAUGCAAAUAAUA